AUGAAAUUCGGCGAAACACUCAAAAAGUCCCUGAAGGAGGAGUGGAAAGAUAAUUAUAUCGAUUAUGGAAAACUAAAAAAGCUUCUGCGAGAAAAAGACCCCGAGCCAACCCAAUGGACCGAACAGGAUGAAUCCAACUUUGUGGAGGAGUUGGUAAAUGUGCAGAUCGAAAAAGUGAACACUUUCCAUGCGAAGCUUGGUGCUGAAUUGAAGGACCGGGUGAACAACUGUGAAGCCAAACUCGAACCCUUGGCUCAGAAUUCUGAAGGCAAAGCCGCGGCCAAGGACACUGUCGAUGAAAAUACCAAGCAGCUUCUAGUCACUGUCACCCAAGAGCUGGAUACUAUCUCCAAGGAAAUUGCGGAUCUUUACAAAUUCGCGAGAUUGAAUUUCACGGCUUGUCUGAAGGCUGCCAAGAAGCAUGACAGGUUAAAGCAGUAUAAGAUCCGGCCUCUCGUUCAAGUCCGUCUUUCAUCUUUACCUUUCAGUUCUGAGGAUUAUUCGCCGCUGCUAUACAGGAUCUCGGCACUCUAUGCAUUCGUCGGACAGUAUGACCAAACUCAACAACCAUCCAAAUCUCUUCCUUCGAAAUCGUCCUCAAAAACCUAUGAAUCCCAUAAAUUCUGGGUGCACCCCGAUAAUUUACUUGAAGUUAAAACCUAUGUCCUACGCCGGCUGCCAGUUCUCAUCUAUAACCCCCAAAGUUCAAAGGUUGCGAAAGCCGACAGAAAAGACCCUACAUUGACAUCGCUCUACUUCGAUAAUUCCCAAUUCGAUCUAUAUACACAUAAGCUUGAUAGGUAUGAAAGUGCUGCAUCACUCCGCUUACGAUGGUACGGCCAGCUUGCAGAUAGACCGGAAAUCACAUUAGAGAGGAAGAUUGUCCCUUCAAUCGAAGAAGCAGAGGAGACUGGAACUGAAGAAAGGGUCUCACUCAAAGAAAAAGAAAUCCAGCGUUUCAUCUCUGGUGAAGAUGAGGAAAUACUUGAAAAAAAAAUACGUAAGACAAAAGAGCGGAAGCCAGAAGAGGAGGCACGCAAAUAUGAAAAGACGGCGAGGAAUAUGCACGCCUUCGUCAAGGAAAACUCUCUACAACCCAUCCUGCGUGCAGUCUACACAAGGACUGCCUUUCAAAUCCCCGGAGAUGACGAGAUCAGGAUAUCACUAGAUACUGAUCUUGUCUUCAUCAAAGAGGAUGCUCUCAACUCUCGGAGACCCACUCGACUCGCUGACGACUGGCAUCGACACGAUAUUGAUGACCGAAAGUUGGAAUAUCCUUUCAGUUCACUCCCCAAGGAUGAGAUUUCGAAGUUUCCUUUUGCGCUUCUCGAAAUCAAAAUUAACAACUCUUUGAACGACCGUUCGAAGGAGUGGGUUUCCGAUUUGAUGACCUCGCAUCUGGUGUACGAUGCACCACGGUUUUCCAAGUUCGUUCAUGGUGUUUCAGUAUUGUUUGAAGACAAUGUUAAUAGUUUUCCAUUCUGGCUGGGGGACCUCGACAAGGAUAUCAGAAAGGAUCCCAAGGAUGCAUGGCAGCAAGAGCAGGACCGGCUCAAAUCCGAGGAAUUCACUGUCGGAAGUUUUGCAAUGGGCCUUUCGCCUCUUCGCGGAAGCCCUUUCCGGGCAUCUAUUGCUCAUGAAUCAAUGCGCCCUGUAGAAUCUUCCAAACCCCGGCGAUUGUCGGCGGGGGUCCCCAAAAAGCCAGUUUUGGAGGUCGUCCAGGCUCCAAAACAGGCAACUAUUACUGAAGACCACGAAGAACAAAGCAAUUCCCCAUCGUCUUCUCGUGUUGGGGGCUUAGGAUGGGGAAGCACAAAGCAGCGCCGCCGCCGAUCUUCAGUUAAACUGCCCCCCGGCGUAACGAAGCCAAGCUCAUAUAUCAAAGAUUCCGGGCCGCUCCAGGUUGAAGCCAAAGUUUGGCUUGCCAAUCAAAGGACUUUUAUCAAAUGGCAACAUAUAUGUGUGCUGCUGGCCACCCUUUCGCUCGCACUUUACAAUGCCGCCGGUCGGAAGAAUAUCGUUGCCCAGGGCAUCGGCUUCUUCUUCACAGGAAUCUCGGUAUUUGCUGGAGCGUGGGGGUAUUGGAUGUAUAUCAGGCGGAGUAGGUUCAUCACCGAUAGGAGUGAGAAAGGCUUUGACACUAGUAUCAGUCUGAUCGGUCCCAUUGUUGUCUGCAUCGCUAUGAUCAUUGCCUUGACACUGAACUUUAUAUUCAAGUUCAAAAUCUCCUUCACUGAAACGUCUUUCUACAUCGAAGACUUGACGGAACCAGUUCUGACACCAAGCAACACCGCUUCGACACUUGUAGUACAAGGCCAGGCCUACAACAUACUUGGUUAA